AAAAAAACACUUAAUCACUCAGGACCUUCCUUGGAUGUUAGUUUUUAAAUGUAAUUUUUACUUUUAUUUAUUCAUGGGAACCCAUUGAGACCAGGGUCUCAUUUACGAUGGUGCCCCGAGGACAACAACACAACAAAUGAAAAAUGAUAUCUAAAAAUAAACUUAAAAUGACAGAAUCAACACCACAGGUUCAAACACCACAAAUACAGUUAUUUACAUUCAAUCUAAACAUUUGCAAUUCUCAAAAAAUGAAUUCAACAUUAAAGUCCUAAACUGCCCUAGAGGCACCCGAGUCAAGUUUUAGGGAGUUCUGCAGGAUAUUCCCAAAAUUAAAGGCACUAAAACUGAAGGCGGAUUUACCUAGAUUGGUGCGUACUAGUGGAACCUUGAGAGUUAACCAUCUUUGUAAAUGGUUUCUCAUAUUAGAACAUUUUAACAGUGAAGUGAGGUAGAUUGGACCCUUGUGUAGUAGAUAUUUCUAAACAAAAUGGGAGUAGUGAAGUGAUCUACAGGACCUUAAUGAGGACCAGCUAACCUUUUGAUACAGGAUGUGGUGAUGCAUAUUUAAACUGUCACCUGUGACAAAGUGAAGGGAGUGAAGGUAGACGGCAUCCAAAGGUUGAAGAGUAGUAGCUGCUGCAUUCUGGUAAAUGGUCUCACCAUAGUCAAGAACUGGCAGGAAGGUUGACUGUAGAAUCUGCUUCCUGCUGUUUAGGGAGAGGCAUAAUCUAUUUCUGUAAAUGAAGCCCACUUUAAAUCUCAGCUUCUUAAUAACUAGCUCAUCAGUAUGUUUUUAAAAAUGUUAAUUUAUUGUCAAUCUAAAAGCUCAGAUUCAUCUGUGUUCAGGUACUCCAGAACUCUAUGUGGACCAACAGGAAGUGACUGGAGAUGAAGGGGGGAGUGUCAUUGUAAAUUGUUACUAUAGUAACACUGGAAAUAUGAACUGGUGUAGGAUUGGCAGUGUCUCCUGUGUGUGGAAAAUUUCUGGGACUCCAGAUGGAACAUCAGUGACCCUACAGCAGACCACUGAUGCCACCAGAAGAAAUGUCUUAAUGGUGACUAAGGGUGGACUGAAGAUGGAGAACACUGGCUGGUACAGGUGUGGAGUGGGAGACCUUAUAAUGCCUGUUCACAUCACUGUCAGACAACAAACCACCACACAAAGUACCACCACUAUGACCACAACCCAAGCUCCAACCACUGAACAAUCCUCUUUCUCUCCAACUGCUGAGCCUGUUCAGACUGACAACACAGUCCAACGACCUGAGGGGAGCAAGGAGAAGGUCGCCAUGAGUGUGUCUUGGGUUUUCAGCCAGCCCUGGCUCUGUGGACUCUGGGCCAGACGAAGGUUCCUGCGGUUGAUGAGUGGUUCCUAUGCGCAUAAGCUGGUGUCUCAUGUGAGAAUCCAGCGCGCCGUCCAUCGUCAAAUGGAACAGGCAGACUGCCACCGCAGUGAGAACCCUGUGUUCCACCCUGGGGAUUGUGUCUGGCUCUCUACCAGGAACCUCCCACUCCACCUGCCCUGCAAGAAACUGAGCCCCUGGCCGGUGGUUCCUGAUCCCCUAGUUGAUGCUGUCCCCCACGACACCCCAGCACCACUCCCUGGACAUCAAGGGCAGUCUGGCGUAUGCUGUCAGAGCUCUACUGGACUCCUGGCGUCGUGGGGGUCGGCUCCAGUAUCUGGUGGACAGGGAGAAGUAUGGACCAGAGGAGCGACGCUGGGUUCUGGUGGAGGACUUUCUGGAUCUCAACAUCAUCUGUGAUUUCCACCUUCGCCGCACGGAUUGACCCGCUCCUCGUCCUCAGGGUCGUCACACUGCGGAGCCGCGUGUCAGAAGGGGGGGUCAGUCACCUAUACUCUGGCUCCUCAUCCCCGGCGGGCGACGUUGCCGGAAUACUAACCACCGGUCCUGGGAUUCAUCAUUACGCACACCUGGCACUCAUCAUGAUUCACACCUGGACUUACCUGCCCUUUAUAGGUCCCUCCCUUUGUUCAUUCCUCAGUUGGUAUUAUUCCUGUGUUCAUGUAUUCCGCCUCUGUUAUGUUGUCUCGUUACUUGGUUGUUUUAUUAAAGGUUUUUCCUGCA